UAGCCUCAAAUCACGAUCAUGUCAACUCCCGCCAAGAACCUCAUCAACGACCUGCUCCCGAUCGAGCUUUUCGACCAGAUCUUCAGCCAUCUGACCCCCGCGCAGCAGUUUACUGCGAUGACCACGUGCACCCACUGGUUCCAGAUCCUGGGACACGACCGUUACCGACGCCGUCUUCUUCUGAAUCCAACCACUCUGACCGACGAUCUCUCCCCGGGCGAUCUCCACUGGAUGAAGCAGUUCCGGCUGAUCGCGAUCAGCGACUGUGGUCCGUUUGGGGGUUUCCCACAUCUCUUGACGGAAUUUGUGGACCAGGAGUUGCGCGAUCACGUUGAGGAUCUGCAGUUUGGUUUGGAGUGGAUCGAUUGGGAGGAUUUCCUCCGGGAUAGCCGGUGGCCGGCGUUGCGGACGUUGACGAUCGAGGCACCUCGGAUGGAGAUUCCGGACGCCGGGGAGAUGCGAUUGAUCGCGCCGAAUUUGAGGAGGAUCGAGGUGGCGGACGUGACGGAAUCGGUUGCGGAGCUGGUGCAGGGAUUUUGCGAUCAGUUGGAGGAGGUUUGCACGGUGGUGCGGUCGAUGAAUGAUUUUGAGUUUAUAUUUGGGACGAAGGUAUUUGGGAGAUUGCGGAGUGUUGCGCUGAAAACCAGCAUGUGGAAGGAUUCGGAGGUGUGGACGGAUCGCGAUCUAACGGAAGCGAAUUUGAAGAUGUUUAGCGGGUUGAGGCACUUGAAGGUGACGGAUUGGGAGGAGAAGUUUAAGCCAGUGUUGCCAACGAUUCUUGGCCAAACCACGGAGUUGGACACCUUGACCAUCAAGGGUUGUGCGAUAUCCUGUACAUCCGUAAGACAAAUAAGCAAGAUGAAGAACCUAAGAAUGCUUAACCUGUCCUGCAAGGUUGAAGAAACAGCUCCGAUAUCGCUGCCAUUGCUGCAAAAAUUGACCACGUGUUACGGGGCAGUGUUGCCAGUAGAAGUUGUGCCAAAUUUGAAUUGGAUUCAGAUCAAGAGCCUCACUUUGAGAGACACGAAGGUACUUCCCGAGACAUACUUUAAGACAAUCAGUGAGAAACUUGAAGUGUUACAGGUUGAACACGCCUUCCUUAAAGAUCUGAUGGAUCAGAUAUGUACUUUGAUCAAUUUGAAUGUGCUAAAAUUUGUUGAAAUUAAAGUGACUGAUUCUGAAAUAUCAAGGCUUCUCUCAACACUCAAGAACCUGAGAACAAUUCAAUUUGAGCACUGCCUUCUGUUCAAGGAUCGCGAUUCUACCAAGAAAGAGGACAUCCUGGAUUGGUCAAAACAGCUGAAACAUCAACACCCAAAUAUUGCCUUCGCGUUCACCAAUUGCCGAUAUUUGUAAAAUUUAGUAAACUUUUUAACGAUUUUAAU